AUGGCCACAGAGGCACACAGUAAACCCAGCCUGUCGGCCCAGCCCAGUCCUGUGGUGACCUCAGGACAGAAAGCUACCCUCCACCACAGGUGGACUUUUAGAUACUACAGCGAUGACAGUAGCAACCCCCAAGUGUGGUCAGAGCCUAGUGACCACCUGGAGCUCCUGGUAUCGGGUGAGGAACCACAGACUUUCAGUUUAAUGGACAACAUCGCUGUUAUGGUUACAGCUCAGCUGCUUGGUUGGUCAGAGCCCAGCGACACGCUGGAGCUGAUGGUGACAGUUCAUUCUCACCAUGGAAGACCAGAAGUUCACCAGCUCACUGGACAGUUUGUAACUUCUAGUAGACAGUACCAAACCCUGUUUGUUAUGGGACCCAUGACCUCAAACCUCACAGGGACAUUCAGAUGUUAUCGUUACUACAAGAAUACCCCAUAGUUGUGGUCAGUACCCAGUGAGCUCCCAGUGAACCAGGAUCACAAAAUGGAGAAUGUCAUCAGGAUCGCGGUGGCUGCCGUGGUCUUCAUAGUCCUUUCAGUUCUAGCAACUGAGGCCUGGGGAAGCCAUAGGCAGACCCACUGUGAAACUGGGAAAUAA